AUGGCCGAUGUCUAUACGACACUGGUGGACGGAUCCUAUCUGCUCCACCGUCCCUUUUACCUGCCCACUAAAGAUGGCCCGGUCUGGGCGAUUGCCUUUACCACCAAUGGAGGCACCCUGCUCACAGCGGCUAUCUCGGUGGUCCUUACCUUGAUCUUCAUGUCCCUUUGGAACCUCAUAUGCUUCAUCGCCGUCUUGUUCCCUGGGUCAAAACUUCGGCGUCGGCACCUUGCUCUGGUAACGCUCUGGAACUCCAACGACUCUUGGUUCGCGUUCAAAGAGCUGGCGAGCUACGCCUACCACUUCUGGGGAUCAAAGUCUGACUUUGCCUACGGUCUCUUGUUAGCCGUUUUGGCUCUGAUGGUCUUCGGAGGCAGUAUGACGUUGGGCAUUAUCGGACCCUCGCUGGUGCAAAUCGGCACCGUGGCGCCUGUUCGACCGAGCUCAGUCUAUUAUCCGUAUCUUGGUACCGACAACACCAGCGUACUUGCAUACUACGGCGUCCUUGCCCCAGCAAAUUUACGUGCGCUCGGCAGCAUAGAAGCUUCCAAAGUGACGAAAAGAAAAGAUGUGAAUCUGCCUGACUCAGACGACCCCAUUGGUCAAACAGAGAGUGGCGAGAACAUCUAUCAGUAUUUGUACGACUAUACCCUCACUGGAGUUGACUUUGGCCUGCAACAAGGUUCUCCUCUUUCGGUAACGGUUAACGGCUCAUGCACGACCGAGUAUGGAUGGUACGUGAAUGAUACGGAUCCAGCAGCUGACAACGACGUUUACAACCCAUGGAAAAUCGGUCCACACGUUUCAGUUCCGAUCGGUUUCAAUGAUAUACAAUAUGCCCCUAAAGCAAGCUUCGUACCUCAUCCAGAUGCAGAUCAGCAAUUCUCGGACAGCGGCAACAGAUCUUUUGCCAUUUUUGUCUGGGCGGCCAGGAGAGCAAGCAUCAAACAGGGGGAUGAUCCGUGGUACAAAACGGAGCCUCGUCCUCCAACUAAACUCCCGGCUCCCUUCAACGCCCAGUUCUGGAUGAAGCGUGGGCGACCGGCUCUGUCCUGUUGGCAAAAGGACACCUGGCGCUACGGCCCUCAUGAAGUCAAGAAUGUGUUCCAUCUCCCAGAUAUUCCUGGCAUAAAGGUGAAGCCCGCAUUGCUCUCGCUGUUGGCAGAAGCCUUGGCAGAGCCAGUGCUCAAAAGAAUCGGCAACGCCAGCGGUGACUCGGCGCUCAAGUCCACUACCACAAGUGCCAACGGCGUCAUCAAUGCAGAGGCGUCAAAGAUUUCGUACGACCUAGAGCGUCUGGUUUUGGCGAGCUACGUGUUUACUCGCAAUGUUCUCCUGGACAGUACCAUGUUCUCGAGGCCCGAUGGACUGGACAACAUGAUGGAGGACGGGACUGGUCAACCAGCUGACGGCGCUGGCGACUUCGUGCUCUCAAGCCCCGACUUCCAGACAUUCUCCAUGGUCGGUCUAAUCGUCCUUUUUGUCAUGCUGGUCACUCUCUUGAUCACGCAAACGAUUCUGGACACCGUUGUUCGGCGUCACACUGCUCAGCACAAUAACGGCGACAAGGAAGACAGGCUGAAGCUGUUUAAAGCAUUGCCUGCGGCUCAGCUCUUCCGCCGCAUGUACGAGCCAACGGAGACAACGGAUUCGCACUGGCAAUGUGAUUCGCAAUUUCCUUCAGACAAGGAUCCAACUGUGUUUGAGUGGGUCGAAUGCGGAGAGAAGCACAGUCAUUGCAACGGGCAUAUUAAUCGCAUUCCAGCGAGCGGCCCCGAGCUAAACACCGACAGAGUAGGCAACAGUGAUAAUUCGUUGGCAAGAAAUGGAGGCAACAAGUUCGAGGAAUCCUAG